GACCAUGAAGAGAUAAGAGAAACGAGACAAUCAACGAGAAGCACAAGUUGAGAUUUCUGUAGCUCUCUGGUCCAAGGAGAGACACACAUCCAAUUGGUCCUUUAGCCUAAAAUAAAUAAAUAAUUUUAAUUUGAGACCCUUUUAUAUUUUCAGCAUCCAGAUUCAAGGGAAGUUAACCCAACAUCUUUCUCUCUCUCCUCCCAAAAAAGAAAAUGGCAAGUUGGGUUCUAUCAGAAUGUGGUCUGAGACCACUCCCAAGAAUCUACCCAAAGCCCAGAAUAGGGUUACCUUCCGCCACCAAUAUAAAUCUGAGAAAAAUUUCACCUUCACCUACACGGACAGAUCCAAAUUGCUGGGCACUGAGGGUAAGCGCACCACUUAGGAUCCAAAUUGCGGGAGAAGAAGAGGAUAAUAAGACAACAACAAACAAUGACUUCGACCCUGGGGCACCACCCCCAUUCAAGCUCUCCGAUAUUAAGGCAGCUAUUCCUAAGCAUUGUUGGGUCAAAAAUCCAUGGACCUCCAUGAGCUAUGUUGUUAGGGAUGUAGCUAUUCUCUUUGGACUCGCUGCUGCCGCUGCUUAUUUCAACAAUUGGCUUGUUUGGCCUCUCUAUUGGUUUGCUCAGAGUACAAUGUUUUGGGCUCUCUUUGUUCUCGGUCAUGAUUGUGGACAUGGAAGCUUUUCAAACAACCACAACUUGAACAGCCUUGCUGGACAUAUCCUUCAUUCUUCUAUUCUUGUUCCUUACCAUGGAUGGAGAAUAAGCCACAGAACUCAUCAUCAGAACCAUGGACAUGUUGAGAAGGACGAGUCCUGGCAUCCUUUAUCUGAGAAGAUUUACAAUAGUUUGGAUGAUGUCACAAAGAAAUUUAGGUUCACUCUACCCUUCCCCUUGCUGGCAUAUCCUUUCUAUCUGUGGGGUAGAAGCCCUGGAAAGAAAGGUUCUCACUUUGAUCCAAACAGUGAUUUGUUCUUUCCAAGUGAGAAGAAAGAUGUGAUCACCUCAACUGUGUGCUGGACGGCAAUGGCUGCAUUGCUUGUGGGGUUGUCCUUUGUCAUGGGUCCUCUUCAAUUGCUUAAGCUUUAUGGCAUCCCCUAUUGGGGCUUUGUCACGUGGUUGGAUAUAGUUACCUAUUUGCAUCACCAUGGCCAUGAAGAUAAAGUUCCUUGGUACAGAGGAGAGGAAUGGAGUUUUCUGAGAGGAGGGCUUACAACGCUUGAUCGCGACUAUGGAUGGAUUAACAACAUCCACCAUGACAUAGGGACACAUGUGAUACAUCAUCUCUUCCCUCAAAUCCCACACUAUCAUUUGGUAGAAGCAACUGAAGCUGCUAAACCAGUGCUAGGGAAAUAUUACAGGGAGCCAAAGAAGUCAGGGCCUCUACCAUUUUAUUUGUUGGGGUAUCUCAUAAAAAGCAUGAAGGAGGAUCACUAUGUCAGUGACACAGGGAAUGUAGUAUAUUAUCAAACUGAUCCCAAUCUUCAUGGGUCUAAGAAAUAGAAUCCUCCUAGUAUAGCAAAACCCUGUUAGGUGAUUCUUUUUCACUAACACUAUGGCCAUGCCAUUCAAGGUGAUGGUAUAAGCACUACUAAGGCACAAAGUAAAGUUAGCUAGCUCCCAUUAAAGAAUGGGGAAGGCAUAUAGAAGAGCAGUUUCAAUUGUAAUAAUUGAGUGGAAAAAGAAAUUAUUGUCUUCAGGACCUUCUUUUGGGUUGGCCAAGAAAGUAUAUUAUUCUUGUAUUCUGAAAUGAUUAUAAAAAGAUACUCCAGUCCCACCA